GGAAGAGGCUUCAGAGACAUUUGUACCCUUAUUGACAAGCUAGGAGAAGAGGUGGCUGCAGAGAUUUUGAGGAGCAUUCUCAUGGUGUCAGGCAGGAUGACACAGUUGACGGCCAGUGGGAAUCAGACAAUGGUGACUGAGUUCCUCUUCUCUAUGUUCCCGCAUCCGCACAGAGGUGGCCUCUUAUUCUUUAUUCCCUUGCUUCUCAUCUACGGAUUUAUCCUAACUGGAAACCUAAUAAUGUUCAUUGUCAUCCAGGUGGACAUGGCCCUGCACACCCCUUUGUAUUUCUUUAUCAGUGUCCUCUCCUUCCUGGAGAUCUGCUAUACCACAACCACCAUCCCCAAGAUGCUGUCCUGCCUAAUCAGUGAGCAGAAGAGCAUCUCCGUGGCUGGCUGCCUCCUGCAGAUGUACUUUUUCCACUCACUUGGUAUCACAGAAAGCUGUGUCCUGACAGCAAUGGCCAUUGACAGGUACAUAGCUAUCUGCAAUCCACUCCGUUACCCAACCAUCAUGAUUCCCAAACUUUGUAUCCAGCUGACAGUUGGAUCCUGCUUUUGUGGCUUCCUCCUUGUGCUUCCUGAGAUUGCAUGGAUUUCCACCUUGCCUUUCUGUGGCUCCAACCAGAUCCACCAGAUAUUCUGUGAUUUCACACCUGUGCUGAGCUUGGCCUGCGCAGAUACAUCCCUAGUGGUCAUUGUGGAUGCCAUCCAUGCAGCGGAAAUUGUAGCCUCCUUCCUGGUCAUUGCUCUAUCCUACAUCCGGAUUAUUAUAGUGAUUCUGGGAAUGCACUCAGCUGAAGGUCGUCACAAGGCCUUUUCCACCUGUGCUGCUCACCUUGCUGUGUUCUUGCUAUUUUUUGGCAGUGUGGCUGUCAUGUAUUUGAGAUUCUCAGCCACCUACUCAGUGUUUUGGGACACAGCAAUUGCUGUCACUUUUGUUAUCCUUGCUCCCGUUUUCAACCCCAUCAUCUAUAGCCUGAGAAACAAGGACAUGAAAGAGGCUAUUGGAAGGCUUUUCCACUAUCAGAAGAGGGCUGGUUGGGCUGGGAAAUAGAUACAGAUCCUGGAGACUCUAAAAAGCCUCUUGGAAGAGCAAAAUUUCACUGUUAUUUAUCUUUUCCGUGUCUAUUCUCUUUCCGUAUUGCUGCAGCUACUUGUUCUAUUAUUUUUAAAAAGAAUGAUAAACUGCUGUAUACAGGCUGUGGAUGGUCAGUGGAUGGCCAGUUUACAUCAAUGCCCCUACUGUGCUUGUUAUAGCUGAAGCAGUAUAGAUCAACUCUCUUGCUUUUAACACAGGUUGGCUUCCUCCUCGCACUCUAGCAGCUAGGCUCCUGCUAGUCUCUUCAGUGCUCUGACAUGCUAGUGGGGCCGGGAAGCAGAAUAGAAGAGGCAUGACAGACAAGAAAGUUCUGAGAAUUGCUACUGCUAACUUCCCCAAUUCCCUUUCUGGAAAUGCAUCCCCUGUCAUCUGGCAUUCCAUAUAAAUAAAUCGUUUCCUGA